AUGUACCCGUCCACCAUUAAUGAAACCACUUUCCAGUACUCCGUGCCUUCCUCCUCCUCACCCACUCUGGACUUUGUCCUGGACAGUGGGGCCACUGAAACUGCUCUCAAAGACGCUGGUACACUCACACCCCUCUCUCCUCCCACUCAGGUUCACGGCGCUGACAGCAGCUUCACUAUUCCAUGCACACACCUCUCCACUCUCCCCUGCUCACUCUUCCCCUCUGGUAAGGUAACUGGUCUCCACAUCCCCACUCUCCGAAACAACCUCCUCUCCCACCGUGAAAUACAAAGUGCAGGUAUCACUGCGGUCUACCCUGGUAAUGCCACCUACUGUGACCUUUACCACACUGCCUCCGGCCGCUUCCUCCUCCGCAUACCCCUCUGCCCCCGCACUCGCCUCUACACUCUCCGCACUCCGUGGCCAUCCUCCUGUCAUGUCACCACUCGUGCGGGUACCUCCACUAGCCCUCCCCAUCUCCCUCCCUCCCCCCCCACUCCACCAUCCCCCCACUCCUUCAUCCCGCCCUCCCUCGUUCCAAUCCCCUCCACCUCCGACCAUCUCUCCCACCCCGCUGUUCUCCUACAUCACCGACUCGGCCAUCCCAAUUUCGCCGCUCUCCGCACUGCUGUCACCUCACGACUCCUUCACAGCCUCCCUCCCACCCUUCCUCCCUUUCCCUCCUCCCCGGCCCCCCCAUGCCCCUCCUGCAUCCACGGCAAACUCAAACAAUCUCCUCACCACAGCCACCCAUCCUUUGCUCCUGCACCAAUUGACCUUGUCCAUAUGGACCUUUGGGGGCCCUCUCCCACCCGCUCCCGCCAAGGCCAUCGCUACAUGCUGGUUCUGGUUGACGAUCACAGCCGCUACUCCUCCGUUUUCCUCCUCCACACGAAAGCCCAGGCGCCGACCAUGAUCAUUCACUGGGCAGAACAAUGCCGCACCCACUUCAAACGUCCCAUUGACCGCCUCCACUCUGAUGGGGGAGGCGAAUUCCUCAAUCGCGCACUCACUCACUACUGCACCACUCAUGGCAUCCAACAGACCCACACUCUUCCCCACUCCCCACAGCAGAACGGCGUCGCAGAGAGCCGCAUUCGCGAAAUCACUAAGAUCGCCCGCUGUCUCCUCGCUCACGCCUCCACCCCUCCUUCUCUUUGGGGCUAUGCACUCCUUCAUGCUACCCUCCUCCUCAACCUUCGCUCCCAUCCCUGCCACACCGCCACUACCCCCACGGAGCUCUGGUCAGGGACCAAACCUGACGCUGCCGGACUUCGUGUUUGGGGUUGCAAGGCAUAUGUGCUCAUCCCUCCACCUGAACGCACCCACGGCAAGCUCGCUUCUCGUGCCCUCGAGUCUGUCUACCUCGGCCACAACCGCGACUCGCCCGGUUACCUUUUCCUUCACCCUCCCUCCGGUCGCCUCAUCCGCAGCAUUGACGUUGUGUUUGAUGAGACCACCCCAUAUUAUUCCUCUCCACCACCAGACCCCCUCCCUCUUCCCACCCGUCCUCUCGCUUGGACCGACACCGUCCUCCCUCCCCUCCUCCCUCCAGCACCCCUUCUCCCACCCCUCCCCACUCCGCUUCCGCCACCCUCAUCUGCCGAUAUCUAUGAUCCCACUGCUCCAGCAUCCCCUGCACACUCCGCGGCUCCCUCUCCCUCCUCUCCUUCCUACUCUCCUUCUCAUCCAUCCCAACAGCCGCAGCAGCAGCCACAGGGGCAGCAGCAGCAGCAGCAGCAGCCGCAGCAGCAGCCGCAGGGGCAGCAGCAGCAGCCACAGCAGCAGCAACAGCAGCAGCCGCAGCAGCAGCAGCAGGGGCAGCAGCAGCAACAGCAGCAGCAGCAGCAGGGGCAGCCGCAGCAGCAGCCGCAGGGGCAGCAGCAGCAGCAGGGGCAGCCGCAGCAGCAGCCGCACCAGCAGCAGCAGGGGCAGCAGCAGUGGCCGCCGCAACAACCACAGGGGCAGCCGCAGCAGCAGCAACAACAGCCGCAGCAGCGGCCGCAGCAGCAACAGGGGGUCCAGCAGCAGCAGCAGCAGCAGCAGCGGCGGAGGGCGUCUGCCCGCUCCUCACCCUUCCUCCUCCCUCGCAUGCACACCCGCUCUCUUGAUCCCAUCCUUGGCACACCGCCACCUUCCUCCCUCCACCAGCUCGAGGAUUCCCAUGAGGAGUUCGCCAUGGUCCGGCACCACACUCCCUCUAUCUUCACACUUUACCCUGACCUCUUCGGCGCUCUGAUCCUUAGCGCGAUCUCCGCUCCCACCAUCUUCGUCCCCACCACCUUCCAGGAGGCUAUCACCUGCCCUGACGCUGACAAGUGGUUAGCCGCUAUCUUCCUGGAGUGUGAGGCUUUCAUUCGCAACGACUCCUUUAUCGACGUUCCCCUUCCCCCUGACGCCAACCUUGUCGAGGGCAAGUGGAUCUUUCGAGUCAAACAGCUGCCGGGAGAGGAGCCAGUCUACAAAGCCCGCUAUGUUGCCAAGGGGUUCACCCAGACCUGGGCUGAGGACUACUGGUUCACAUUUGCCCCCACCCUCAGGCAAGCCACCCUACGCACCCUUAUGGACAUCGGUGCGCGUGACGACAUGGAGAUUGACUCCAUGGACGUCUCCAACGCGUUCCUGCAAGGCGAACUGCACGAGCGCAUCUUCCUCCGCCGACCUCCUGGGUUUCAUGCGGCUUUCCCCGAAAACACCGUCUGGCAACUAAAGCGCCCGGUUUACGGCCUGAAGCAGGCACCACGAGAAUGGCAUGCGAAGCUGUCUGCUACUCUCCAGUCCCUUGGCUUCUCCCCCUCCCACUCCGAUGCCAGCCUCUUCAUCCGCUCCUCCCCCAGUCGCUUCUUCAUCUCCGUCUACGUCGACGACAUGAUCCUGCUCGCCGACACCAGGGCUGACAUGGAUCAUGUGAAGCGGUCACUUCAGGAACGUCUCAAGUGCAAGGACCUUGGUCCGCUUCAGAACUACCUCGGCAUGGCUAUCACCCGUGAUCGAUCCGCCCGCACCAUCACCCUCUCCCAGUCCCACUACAUCGGCCAGGUCCUGGAGAAGUUCGAGAUGGCACAAGCCAAACCGGUCUCCACCCCUCUCCCCUUCGGCCACCAGCUUGCGCCACCCACCUCCCCCUCCACCUCCUCCCGGCCCUACGCCGAGCUUGUUGGGUCGCUGAUGUACGCGAUGAUGUGCACUCGUCCCGACCUCGCCUACCCUGUCAGUGUCCUUGCUCGGUUCGUCGGCCCCGGCCGCCACACUGAGGAACACUGGACUGCCGCCAAGCGGGUCCUCCGCUAUCUCCGUGGCACCAGAGACCACGCUCUCACGCUGGGUGGAUCUUCCCCCCCCCUUCUCUCUGGCUUCAGCGACUCCUCCUGGGCAGACUGCCAGCCAGACCGCCGCUCCUCCCAAGGCUAUGGCUUCACCCUCGGCAGCGGCCUCAUCAGCUGGCGCUCUACCCGCUCCUCUGCCAUCGCCCUCUCCUCUUGUGAAGCUGAGCUCUAUGCUGGCACCAUGGCCGCCCAGGAGUCCCGCUGGCUCUGCUUCCUCCUGGCUGAGCUUGGUGUUCCCCAGCGCUGCCCCACGCUCUGGUGUGACAAUGCCAGCACCAUCCAUCUCACCCAAGACCCCGUGUUCCACGGUCGCUCCAAACACAUUGAGCUCCGCUAUUUCUUCAUCCGUGAACUCGUCCAACAGAAUCUCAUUGCCGUUCGUAAGAUCGCCGCUGAAGCCAACUUGGCAGAUAUCUUCACCAAAGCACUCCUUCGCCCUGCGCACUCUGCUCUUCUCCGCCUCAUCGGCCUCGCUCCCCCAGGCGCGCCUUGA